GAAAUGUCAAAAUCUUAAAAACGAGAAGCCUCACUGAUACGUACGGUUGGGUAACGAAAAACCUCGCUGCUUUACCACUCCAUCUUAGAGCUAACUUUGAAAGAAUCAGGAGAGCUAGGCAAUCUUUUUCCUGAUUUGAUUUUGCUUGAACAGAACAGGAAUGGCUCCUCCACACAACACCCCUCGAGUUUUCUGUGUUGGAACCGCCGAUACGAAGUUCGACGAGCUCCGAUUUCUCUCCGAGUCCGUCCGAUCCAGUCUCAGCUCAUCUUCCAAGGUAGAGGUUGUAGUUGUUGAUGUUUCGGUCGGUAAGAAGGAGACUAAAAGCAUUGGGGAUUUCAAAUUUGUUUCAAGAAAUGAAGUUCUUGAAGAAACUCAAAAAUUGAUUCCUGAUGAUAGAGGCCAAGCUGUUGCUGUAAUGAGUAAAGCACUUGAAAAUUUCUUACAGAAAGCUGUUAAGGGUAAUUUAGUUGUUGGAGCUAUUGGUAUUGGAGGUAGUGGAGGGACAUCUUUGUUAUCUUCUGCUUUUAGGUCACUUCCAUUUGGGUUACCUAAAAUUAUUGUAUCAACUGUAGCUAGUGGUCAAACUGAACCUUAUAUUGGGACAUCAGAUUUGGUUUUGUUUCCAUCUGUAGUGGAUGUUUGUGGGAUUAAUAGUGUAAGUAGAGUUGUGUUGUCAAAUGCUGCAGCUGCUUUUUCUGGAAUGGUUAUUGGAAGGGUUGAGAGAGGUGGGGUUUCUUCUCUUGGCAGUGAGAAGUUAACUGUUGGUAUAACUAUGUUUGGAGUUACAACCCCAUGUGUGAAUGCUGUAAAAGAAAGAUUGGAAAGAGAAGGUUAUGAGACACUGAUUUUCCACGCCACUGGGGUUGGAGGCAGGGCCAUGGAGUCUUUGGUUCGAGAGGGAUUCAUACAGGGUGUUUUAGACAUAAGUACAACAGAGGUUGCAGAUUAUGUAGUUGCAGGUGUUAUGGCUUGUGACAGUUCCCGCUUCGAUGCCAUGUUAGAGAAGAAGGUUCCUUUGGUCUUGAGUGUAGGAGCUUUGGAUAUGGUGAACUUUGGAGCUGCUGAUACAAUCCCUCCUAAUUUUCGACAAAGAAAGAUUCAUAUCCACAAUCAGCAGGUUUCACUUGUGCGAACGACAGUGGAAGAGAAUAAAAAGUUUGCUAGCUUUAUAGCAGAUAAGCUUAAUAAGUCAUCAUCAAAAAUCUGUGUUUGCCUGCCACAAAAGGGUAUCUCAGCUUUGGAUGCACCUGGGAAACCCUUUUAUGAUCCUGAGGCUACUACUGCUCUAGUAAAUGAACUACAGAAUCUAAUACUGACAAAUGAAGAUCGACAGGUAAAGGUCUACCCUUUUCAUGUCAAUGAUUCAGAGUUUGCAGAUGCAUUGGUGAACUCAUUUUUAGAGAUUAUUUCUGAGAACACUAUGUAUUCCAGUCCACCCCAGAGUGGUAGCCAUGAACCUAGUCAUGACCUUCAAAAUGUCUCCAAUGUGAAAUCAUCAAGAUGUGAGACUAUUUGUUACAGCCCAAUCAACUAUCCAGAUGCCAGACCAGAAACUUUGCACAAGACUCAGGCCAUAUUGCAGCAACUUAAAGAUCAAAUAGAAAAAGGAUUGCCCAUAAUUGGGGCAGGUGCAGGAACUGGAAUAUCAGCAAAGUUUGAGGAAGUUGGUGGAGUUGAUUUAAUUGUACUAUACAACUCGGGACGCUUUCGCAUGGCGGGAAGGGGUUCCUUAGCAGGCUUAUUGCCUUUUGCUGAUGCUAACGCAAUAGUAAUUGACAUGGCCAAUGAAGUGCUGCCAGUUGUGAAGGGGGUACCAGUUCUUGCUGGAGUAUGUGCGACCGAUCCUUUUCGCCGAAUGGAUUACUUCCUUAAGCAGCUGGAGUCAAUUGGGUUCUCAGGGGUACAAAAUUUUCCUACUGUUGGGCUGUUUGAUGGUAAUUUUAGACAAAAUCUGGAAGAGACAGGAAUGGGAUAUGGCUUGGAAGUCCAAAUGAUUGAAAAAGCACAUAACAUGGGCCUUUUGACAACUCCCUAUGCCUUUGAUCAUAAUGAAGCCAUGGAAAUGGCAAAAGCAGGUGCUGAUAUCAUUGUGGCCCAUAUGGGGCUUACUACAUCGGGUUCUAUUGGUGCAAAAACAGCUGUCUCACUGGAGGAAAGCGUAAUUCGUGUGCAGGCAAUUGCAGACGCUGCACAUAACAUCAACCCCAGUGUAAUUGUGCUUUGCCAUGGAGGUCCUAUAUCUGGUCCUACAGAGGCGGAAUUUAUACUGAAGAGAACAAAGGGAGUUCAUGGAUUUUACGGGGCAUCAAGCAUGGAGAGACUGCCUGUCGAACAAGCUAUAACAAGCACAAUGCAGAAGUACAAAUCAAUGUCCCUCAAAUGAGGUUUGCUAUCUGCAAGUCAUUAACCUGUAUCAUUAUGUAUAAUUAUCAUAAGUUUUUCCUGCUUAAUGAUCAAAGGGCCGAAGGAUAUGAUUAGACGAGUCAUCACAUCAUACGAACAAUGUCCCCAUACCAUCUGAUAAUGUCAUUUUCUGGUUUGAUCUUGUGUUACUUAUGGAGUGAUGGUGAAGUUAUAAAGAAUAUAUGUCAUGAUAAUCAUAGCUGCGGCUGGAAUAAAAUGGAAAAUUAUAUAUAUGUAUAUA